AUGGCAGCAACUUCGAAUAAUAUCAUCACGCUCCGGCGGCACGACCUCGACAACCUGCGGACCUUCCUGACCGGUCUCGUCACCGUCCACCAUACGUCGCUAGCCUAUGGCGGCGUCGGGUCAUGGAAGGUCAAGUCUGCCUGUUUCGCCGGCAACUCGCCCGUGCUCAUGGGUUUCAACAUCUUCGAUCAGUCAUUCUUCAUGGGAAUGUUCUUUUGGAUCUCCGGUCGCGUAUCAGCGCAGUCGCUGUCGAAAACCUCGCCGUCGGCUUUCAUCAAGAGUAAGCUACUGCGGCUCGGUGCGCCGGCCUUGGUGUACUCUUACGCUAUCGACCCCAUGAUGCGCGCUGCGAUGUUGACGUCUUGGAACCUGGAAUCGCUACGCGCGAGCGUGAUUGCGUCAUGGACUACGCCGCAUGGCCUUCGUGGUCCAGUUUGGUACAUUGGGACCAUGCUCGCGUUCGAUGUAACGGCUGCAAUAGCUACGAAGAUAGGGUGGACUACCACGACCAAGGGCGACAAGGAGAGAAGCCGCAUAUACGGUCUCCUUUGCCGGUACGGAUGGAUUGGUGUGGCCGCCUCCAGCUUCCUCAUCCGCUUGUGGUAUCCCGUGGGGAAGACCAUCCCGAUACUCUCGCUCCAGCCGGCAUUCUUGAGCCAGUAUGUCUAUUCGUACCUACUUGGAGCCGUAUCAUACAAAGAGCAACAACCGCGCAUCUAUGCCCCUUUCGAGACAAUGGACGCGUCGGUGGACCGUACACCUGGACGUACCGAGAAAGAGUCAACCCAGUCGACCCGAUCUCAAGAUGGACUCAUGCUGACGCCGGCACUUGUCAUAUCACUUUCCACUAUGCUCCUCAUCUUCCUCCCUGGACUGCUCAUCUCGCCUGACUCAUGGCUCGACUGGACCAUCAAGCAUUUUCCAGGCGGUUGGAACUGGACUGCCCUUAUCUACGCCAUCUGGAACGAGUUCUCAUUUGCGGUUACGGCGCCCGCACUCAUGGCAUACUUCCAGCGUCACUAUUCGCAAGCCACAAAGUCAUCACCUUUCAGUGCUCGGGCGUCAUAUGCAGCGUUUCUGCUGCAUACACCAGUAAUUAUAGGUAUGACGGUUCUGGUAGAUAGGCUGCUGUGCCCACAAGGGACAGCCCCGGCAUGGAUGAACAGCGGCGUAUGGCAGAUGCUUGGACCUGUAGCAAUGACGCUUGGUGCCGGCUUGUUGAGUGCCUACGCGUCUUUUGAGAUUGCUGGGAAGGCCUUGAGCUGGAUUCCAGGACUCAAGAACAUCAUAUAA